AUGGCGGCACGAUUCGGAGGUGGCAUGCUCCUCGUAGCAGUCAUGUGCGUGGCAGCGGAGUGCGUUCCCACAAGCUGCCGUUCGCAGCCUCCACCGCCGACGAAGGCGCAGCUGCGCGUGGAGCUGCAGAGCAUGGCAAAGAGCAUCGUGAAUACGACCUGUCUUCGCUACCCCACUGACCUGCUCUCCGCCCUUCUCCCCCACACUUCCCCCCCCUCCUCCUCCCCCACUGCCCCUGCAGUGAACUCCAAGUACGACCUGUCCGCGCUGCGAGACGCGUCCAUCCUCAUCCUCAACAACGUGCAGGCAGACGCCCUCGCUAAGAGAAUCCCCGCUAAGAGCAGAAGCGUCCCCACACUGUACAACAUAACGACGUUCCACAUCCUGCGCCGCCGAAUGACCCUCACGCAGACGAGGCAGGUGAACCUGCGGACGGCGAUGGGCACGCAGCUAAGGCAGCCGCUCUUCAAGAUGACGGCGAUGGGAAACAACAGCGCUGUGUCGUUUGCUAGGGGCCCGUAG